GAAGCUCCCCCUCGCCCUCACCAGCCUGCUCGCCCUCACCUCCGCGCUGACCCUCACCCCACCCGACACGGAGAAGGCGACCCCGUCGUCGAGUGCGGCAACCUAGACGUCAUGACUGUCGACCCCGCCGACCUCCUCGCGGGCGUCGCCCCCAGCGACGUCCGGAAAUGCCUGGACCACCCGCUCGGCCGGAACCGGCACGUCAAGCGCGCGGCGCUGGCGCCGCUCGACGCGGUGGACGUCUCGUUCUGGAACAACAGCACAGUGGACGCGGGCACGGGCGCCAACACCAGUCCCGUGGAGGCGCGCUCGGAUGGCCUCGACGCCCUAGACAAGCGGUCGUGCUACAAGGACGCGCCGUACGGGUGCUCGGGCGGAUACUGCUGGAAGGCCUGCGGGAACACGAACAAGGGGGAGUGGUGCUGGACGGCGGCGAAGGCCGGACUGGGCGCCUGGAUCAAGUGCAGCAAGUGGCAGGACUGCGGGACGGCGACGUACGCGUGUGGGAGGGGAGGAUGUCCGGCUUGUGGGUGCGCUUGCUAGUGGGAAGGGUGGAUGAAUGGUCAAUGCGGCUAUGAGGAGUAGUGUGGGAGUUGAAGUAGAUAGUUAGGGUUGGUGUUCGGCUGGCAGACGGAGGAUGGACGACCUAGGCUGUGCUGUCAAACUAGGUAAAAGUUGCAAUAUGAGGAUAUACUUGGUAGGCCAAAGUAGUAACUGUCUUAGCUC